AUGAACCCACCGACUGUUCAAGAUGACACUCAAACGCGCUCACAUGAUCGUGCUUCGUUUCAAUCGCCGAUGAGAGCCAGCUUGGCGAGAUCGCAUCCGGAGAUUUUAGCACGCGGAAUCAGUAGAUCACCGACGAGGACUGCGAGCAAGCGCAAUCAAAGUGGCCAGCAAGAGCAUCCAGGUUCAAGGGUAUUUGGGUUGCGGGAUAGGAAAGCUUUGAGGCCUUCACUGACCUCUACCGCAAGCCCGAUGAACGGGCCCAGGUUGAGCGGCGGUUCACCUCUUCUAUCUCCAGGGAGACUAUCAAAUGUAUUUGCUGCUCCUCCGCGGAGAGUCUCGAGAAAAAUUGUUCCAUCCGACUUAAACUUCGGAUCUCCUGUGGCAAGAAGAAAUACUAACGAGUUGGCGCAUGAAAACACACCUGAAGAUCAAUUGGCAUCCGAGCUGGACAGUGCAACCGGUGCGAUGGGUGCGCAUGGGGAUUUGGACCAUCCUUCCUUGCAUGAGGUGCUCGAAGAACCCGAAUUACCCCCGACUCCCACUCAAUUGGGUCUUGAAAAUCCUCCAGGGCGACCAAGGGGGCUCCUAAGUAGCAGCCCUACAUCACGACAUGGGAAACGAUCCAGGCGACGGACUACAGAUACUCUGCAGCCGAGCCCUCUGAAAUUUAAGGAUGCUGGCUUUGAUCUAGAUGAUUUAUCAGAAUUUGGUCUAGCGGCGAACGAGAAUCUAAUGCCAGAAACUGCAUUGAAGAAACAGAAGCUGAAAAGGGAGCUUUCUACCGAAAUACGACGGUUGAAGGAUGACAUUGAGACAUUGGAAGGCUGGUCAGAAAGAAUCAGCCAACCCGAUGGGGUCACAGAGCCUGCUGGCCAGGACUUUGGCAAACUCAUCGCCGCGUUAGCAUCCGAAGAUCGUUCCCACAAGGCCGCAUCCGGGUCUCGUCCAUCCAAUGCACACAUAUCGUCACUCCUUUCCACCUUACUGCCCUUCGCUACAAAAGCACCUCGAACUACUCGUCAAGCAUCCCCUUCGCCGACAAAUCCCUUUGCGCUUCAGGAGCCUGCGCAGACGAAGCCGUAUCUCACGGUUUUUGCGCCGCUGGCUCUCACAGCCCAGUCACACGAAGUUUCUAACUCAAAAUCAGAAGCACUACUGGAAACACAUAAUUUGACAUUGGCCUCUCCGCCUCCGUUUCCUCCGACUUUUUACAAUGUAUCAAUUGUCUAUGAGACAAACCCGGAAACACAAUCAAUAAAUUCGAUAUAUGUACCAACGAGUUCUGAAAGCGCCAAAACAAACAUACCCGAGGUCCUACAGCGAUGGGUCAACGCAAGGCUAGAGAAUCCGCUGAUGAAACUGGAUGUAUCCGGCCUUUGCUGGGGUAUUAAUCGGUAUUGGGAAGCUACAAUAUCGCGGGCGCAAAUAUGGCUGCAAAUAGAAAGCAAUCAUUCGCAACUAAUUGCAGGCCGCAUGCCCCAACCUGGUGGGUCGACUGAUGGCUUAAGCCACCAGAAAGGGCACCCUACAAUUUCGGGCCUGAGACGAUUAGUACCACAUCUUGAACGCACGACUAUGCUUUUCAGUACCACAGAGAAGCCUAUCAAAUUACUGAUUUCAUGUGCAUUAACAAUUGACGAGUGGACAAGCGAACCACAGUUGACGCCAGAGAUCAGCGUUUCGAUAUCUUCUUUAACCGAUGGCACUUCUAGCAAGAUAGAGCAGGAAGCCAAGAAGUUAUUUCAGGGGAUAAUAAAUGAGUAUACAGGCGGUGCUACUGAAGGCGUGGUGGGUACCGCUGAUGUUGAUGCAAUUGUGCGAGCCACUGGAGGCGUCAUAGACACUCUGUUCGGCGCUGAAACUGAGGGACAAGCUCUCACAGGAAAGGUGUCAAAGAAGAGGUGA